CAACAAUGUCCAAACACAAAAGUAGAAAUUGAUGAGAAUGGAACUAAUAUUUACACUGAUAUUAAUCUGGAUCUAUUGGAUAAUAAUCAACUGGAUAAUACAACAGUAGAAGUUCUACCAAAAUCUUCUAUACCAAUUCUCAAUAUGGAAGGUUGGACCGAACACGAACAACGCAUAAUUCUAGGCAUAAAUGGAUUAAUACAAGCUGGACCAACACUUGAAACACUGAUCAAAUGGCCAGCAA